CCUAAUUCUAUCCAACUCCACCAUUGAAGGAUUUCCAUUUCCAUUUCCAUCUCCAUCUUCAAAGCCGGAGCUUCUGACUCGUUCGUUCUUUCGUUCUUGGUUCUUCUUAACUUUUCGAGGUUUUACCGUUGAAUUCAACAACCUCUUUUGAAGGUUUAUUCAAUUUCACCAGUUUUCAGAUCUUUGGUUUAAUUCUUCAAGCUGGUGUGAGGUUUUGUUAUAAUUGCAGUUGAAUCUUAGUGAGGUAUUUUGGUCGAUUGUUCUCGUUUGUGAACGCUAUGCUUCGUAAUCGAGCUGUGGACUGUUUGGUUGCUGGUUUUGUGGUGAUGUUAUUGAGUUGUAAAAGCUUCACGUUUGCUGCUGAGAGUGAUUUGUCUUGUUUGAGAAGCAUAAAGAAAUCGUUUCAGGAUCCUAAUAAGUACUUAACAUCAUGGGAUUUUAGCAGCAGAUCGGAGGGGGCUAUCUGCAGAUUUAUUGGGAUUAUAUGUUGGCAUCCUGAUGAGAACAGUGUCUUAAGUAUUAAUUUGUCUAAUAUGGGGCUUAAGGGCCAAUUCCCUACUGGGAUUAAGAAUUGCACUAGCUUAACUGGCUUGGACCUCUCCUUCAAUCAGAUUUCGGGUGAGAUUCCUACCAAUGUUGGAUCCAUUGUUCCGUUUGCCACUACCUUAGAUUUGUCGUCGAAUAAGUUUACUGGUCGUAUCCCCAAAAGCAUUGCUAAUAUUAGUUAUCUGAAUGUUCUGAAGCUGGAUCACAACCAGUUGUCCGGACAGAUCCCUCCGGAGCUUAGCUUGCUGGGACGGUUGAGAGAGUUCAGUGUAGCUAGCAAUCUUUUGAUUGGAGCAGUUCCUAAGUUUGGCGGUAAGCUGGGAAAUAAAGCUGAUAUGUAUGCAAAUAAUACUGGGCUGUGCGGUGGUCCUUUGAAACCUUGCUCCUCCACUUCCGAUAAGCUUCGGUAGUUGCACUUAAGUUUGGGAACUUAAUCGACAAAAAUCAAUGUUUAGAAAUAUAAAUUAAAAUAUCAUUUUUGGUUUAUGUAUUUUGAAACUUUAAUUUUAGUUUAUGAACUCUCCAUUGUCUGAUUAUAAUAUUAAAUUUAGUUUCAAUCGAUCGAGUACAAAUACUUUCGUGUGA